GGAAGCGGGAGUUUCCACAGCCGACAAAGGAAGGGUGACCGCUUAAACUACGACUUUCUGGGAGCUCCGAUUCAGUCUGAGAGGUCGGAUCCCGCUGUUCCCGCCCUCUUCACUUCUGGCUGACUUUGCUGACAGAUACUGUUUUGUUGGAUGAGCAGGCACCUCUGGAAGAAUCAGUUGAGUGAGAUGGUGCAGCCCAGUGGUGGCCCAGCAGGGGACCAGGACAUGCUGGGUGAAGAAUCUCUGGGAAAGCCGGCAAUGUUACAUCUGCCUUCAGAGCAGGGUACUCCCGAGACCCUCCAGCGCUGCCUGGAAGAGAACCAAGAGCUCCGAGAUGCCAUCCGGCAGAGCAAUCAGAUGCUAAGAGAAUGCUGUGAGGAGCUGCUGCAUUUCCAGGUCAGCCAGCGGGAGGAGAAGGAGUUCCUCAUGUGCAAAUUCCAGGAAGCCAGGAAGCUGGUAGAGAGACUAAGCAUGGAGAAGCUUGACCUGCACAGACAGAGGGAACAGGCCUUAAAGGAUUUGGAGCACCUGAAGAAAUGCCAGCAGCAGAUGGCUGAGGACAAGGCCUCUGUGAAAGCCCAGGUGACAUCAUUACUGGGGGAACUCCAGGAAAGCCAGAGUCGCUUGGAGGUUGCCACCAAAGAACGGCAAACUUUAGAGGGAAGGAUGCGAGCUGUUAGUGAGCAGGUUAGACAGCUGGAGAGUGAACGGGAGGUGCUGCAGCAGCAGCACAGCGUGCAGGUGGACCAGCUGCGCAUGCAGAACCAGAGUGUGGAUGCUGCCCUGCGAAUGGAGCGUCAGGCUGCUUUAGAGGAGAAGAGGAAACUGGCUCAGUUGCAGGCAGCCUAUCACCAGCUCUUCCAAGAUUAUGACAGUCACAUCAAGAGCAGCAAGGGCAUGCAGCUAGAAGAUCUGAGGCAACAGCUCCAGCAAGCUGAGGAGGCCCUGGUAGCCAAACAGGAAUUGAUUGAUAAGCUGAAAGAAGAGGCUGAGCAGCACAAGAUUAUGAUGGAGACUGUGCCAGUCCUGAAGGCCCAGGCGGAUAUCUACAAGGCUGACUUCCAAGCUGAGAGGCAUGCCCGGGAAAAGCUGGUGGAGAAGAAGGAGCUUUUGCAGGAGCAGCUGGAGCAGCUGCAGCGCGAGUUCAGCAAACUGAAGGCUGGCUGCCAUGAGUCAGCCAGGAUUGAGGACAUGAGGAAGCGGCAUGUAGAGACUUCUCAGCCCCCUUUACUCCCUGCAUCAGCUCACCAUUCCUUUCAUCUGACCUUACCCAACCAGCGGAGAAGCCCUCCUGAGGAACCACCUGACAUGCGUUGUCCCAAUUGCCAGUAUCAGGCUCCUGAUAUGGACACUCUACAGAUACAUGUCAUGGAGUGCAUAGAGUAG